UAAAUACCACCCUUGAAUCCCUCCCAUUUGAGCACUACACACAAGCUAAGCUUAGCUCGAGCUCAUUCAUAUACCUUAGCUUAGCUAAAGCCUAGCUCACUCUCACUCUCACUCUUGCAUUGCAUUGCAAUAUUGCAAUAUUGCAUUGGUCAUGAACACUCGAGGCAGCGGCAGUAGCAGCAGCAGCAGCAGCAGCCAGGCCAGCCUGAUGGCGUUCUCGGAGCCGCCGAAGCCGGCGAGCCAGCCGUCGCCGCCGUCGUCGCCGAUGAGCGAGCGGCCGCCGUCGGGGCGCAGCAGGCGGCGCGCGCAGGAGCCAGGGAGGUUCCUCGGCGUGCGGCGGCGGCCGUGGGGGAGGUACGCUGCCGAGAUACGCGACCCGACCACCAAGGAGCGGCACUGGCUGGGCACGUUCGACACGGCGCAGGAGGCGGCGCUGGCGUACGACCGCGCCGCGCUGUCCAUGAAGGGCGCCCAGGCGCGCACCAACUUCGUCUACACCCACGCCGCCUACAACUACCCGCCGUUCCUCGCGCCGUUCCACGCGCCGCAGUACGCCGCUGCCGCCGCCGCGCCGUCCUCGGUGCAGUACGGCGGCGGCGUGGGCGCGGCGCCGCACAUUGGCUCGUACGGUCACCACCACCACCACCACCACCACCACGGACAUGGCGCGGCGUCGGGCGCGUCGUCGGUGGGCGAGUGCUCGACGAUGCCGGUGAUGGUCCCGGUUGAUCCCCACCGCUCCAGCAUGUCGUCGUCGCUGCUGGACAUGGACAGGAACGGCCACGACUUCCUCUUCUCCGGCGCCGACGACAACUCCGGGUACCUGAGCAGCGUGGUGCCGGAGAGCUGCCUCCGGCCGAGGGGCGGCGGCGCCGCGGCCGAUCAUCAGGACAUGCGGCGCUACUCCGACGCCGACGCCUACGGCAUGAUGGGGCUCCGGGAGGACGUCGACGACCUCGCGCAGAUGGUCGCCGGCUUCUGGGGCGGCGGCGACGCGGCGGACCAGCUCGGCGCCUGCGGGUUCCCGGCGAGCGGCGGCGCCGCCGACAUGGUCGCCUCGUCGCAGGGCUCCGACUCCUACUCUCCAUUCAGCUUCCUCUCCCAUUGAUCGAGUUGCACCGGGCAUUGCAUGGCUAAUCACGCACUUUGCCUCUGAGCGAUCAUGCAUAUAUCAUUUCCUGUCUACCAUGAUCAGAUCGAGUUGAUCUUGAUCAAUCUGCGUUUGAUCGAUCGAGCAAGAGAUCGAGUAGUAUAGCAGCAGCAGCAGCAGCAGCUAGCAGUAGAUCGAACAAGAAGAGUGGCUUGGCGCCAUUUCUAGUUAAUUAAGUAGAGCUUCUUCAAAUAUGUACUUAGGCAGAUGAUCUCUCUCUCUCUCUCUCUCUCUCUCUCUCUCUCUCUCUCUCUUCUAUAUUAGCAUUAGUACCUACUUAGCCAUCAUAUUCAUGCAUGCAUGCAUGAUAUAUUGCAUGGCACAGCUUGUUAAUUUCUUCUAGCAUCUUAAUCAAUUAAUCCAUGACCUGGUUCAAAA